UGAUAAGGCCACCCUCCUGUGUCUCCCACACCCCCAGUGUCCUAAUUCAAGUGCCCUUAGGACACAGGAAUUGGCCUGAGUGGUUGAUGACCUCAGAGGGGGCCAGGCUGGGGGGGGGGGCGGAUGAGACUUACCGGGUGGGCCGGACCAGGCCACUUCCUCCCUUUGUUGUCCCCAUGUUUUCUUUUCUUUCUGAGAUUUUACUUGAAGACCACAUCUCCAGCAAAUUUUGGAGUCACUUGCAAGGUUGAGCCUCAGCGGGACCAGCUAAGCCUGCCCCUCACCAUGAUCCUGGCACUGAUGCUGGGCCUCAGGGGGUACCUGGGCUGGGGACUUCUGGGCUGGGGACUUUUGAGAGCCUGGGCACAGGACCCUGGUGCCAGGUUCUCUGAUCUCAAAAGGUCCAGGGUGCCUUCAGGCUGGAAAAUAGAGGCUGCGGAUACUAGCGGAGAUCCCAUCGGACGGAACUGGUGCCCUUACCAGAAGUCUAGACUGGUCACCUUUGUAGCUGCUUGCAAAACAGAGAAACUCCUGGUCCAUUCACAGCAGCCGUGUCCACAGGGGGCUCCUGACUGCCAGGGAGUCAAAGUCAUGUACCGAGUGGCCCAGAAGCCAGUGUACCAGGUCCAACAGAAGGUACUGGUCUCUGUGGGCUGGAGGUGCUGCCCAGGCUUCCAGGGUCCAGACUGCCAGGACUAUGAUCCCACAGCAAACCCGGAGCCCACGGAGCCAAGUGGCGAACUCCCGGAGACUUGGGACCAGCUGCAUGGUUUUGAACUUGGCCAUCCUGUCACAGAGUUCAAUGAGAUUAAGGUGCCACAGGAACAACAGGAACAUCUGCUUCAAGAUCUCCAGAAUGAUGCCCAGCUGGUAGAAGAUGGCCUCCCAGGCCCUUGGGAGGCCCAGGCCAGUAACCUCACAGCUGAGACCACAGAAGCCAAUCAAACAGAAUUUGAGUUCACGGGCAGGAUGUCAGAGCACCUACUGCAGGCCCAUAUCAAUGCGUUCCUUCAAGCACACUUCAGUCCCACCUGGAAGAGCUUCGGUGAGAGUUUGCACAGCCUCUCCCAGGCUAUCAGAAACUUGUCUCUUGAUGUGGAAGCCAAUCACCAGGCUGUCAAGAAGGUCCAGGACAGCACUGUGACCAGGGCUGACCUCCAAGAGCUUAGUGCCAAGUUUGAUGCCAAGAUCCAGGAGAAUAACCAGAGAGUGGGCCAGCUGUGGCAGGAUGUGGAGGACCAGUUGCAUGCCCAACGCCGUUCUGUGCACCACGCCCUCUCUGAGGUCCAAGCUGAGGUGAGCAACAAGUUAAAGCAGCUUAUCAAGGCUCAGGAACUUCCAGGGACUAAUGGCAGCCUGGUGGUGGCAUCUGCAGCAACAGCAGCGGCAAGGCCACAGCCAGAGAGCCUGCAGGCCAGGCUGGGCCAGCUGCAGAGAAACAUCUCUGCUCUGCACAUGGUCAUUGAUCAGAGGGAGGAGGAGUUGCAGAGCACCCUCAAGAACAUGGACAGUGUCCUGAACCGGCAUGUGGAUGAAAUCAAGGAGCUGUACUCUGAAUCAGACGAGACCUUCGAUCAGAUCAGCAAGGUAGAACGGCAGGUGGAGGAGCUGCUGGUGAACCACACGGGACUUCGAGAGCUGCGCGUGAUCUUGAUGGAAAAGUCCCUGAUCAUGGAGGAGAACAAAGAGGAGAUGGAGCGGCAGCUAUUGGAACUCAACCUCACUCUGCAGCAUCUACAGGUGGGUCACGCAGACCUCAUCAAGUAUGUCAAGGACUGCAACUGCCAGAGGCUCUACUCUGACGUGGAUGUUAUCCCGGAGGGUCAAAGGGACACCGUGCACACCCUGGAGGAGACCCAAGUGAGCCUAGAUGAGCAGCACCAGCUGGAUGGUUCUUCUUUGCAGGCGUUGCAAAGCACUGUUGAUGCCAUGUCUUCAACAAUGGAUGAGCAAAAAGGAGAGAGUGAGCGGGCGCGGGUGGAAAGGGCCCGGAUGCGGACUCAAUUACGGGCGCUGGACAAUGCAGUGGAAGCUCUGAAGGCUGUGGCGAACCAGACCCGCAGAGAGAUGCGCCAGCUGCAUAGCUCCUUUGCAGCCCUUUUGGAGGAUGCGCUGCGGCAUCAGGCGGUGCUGGCAGCCCUCUUUGGGGAAGAGAUGAUGGAGGAGAUGGAGGAGGUGCCUCGCCCUCUGCCCCUGAAUUAUGACCAGAUCCGCCUCGCCCUGCAGGACGCCGCCAGCGGGCUGCAGGAACAAGCAUUUGGCUGGGAUGCCUUGGCCAUUCGAGUGGAGGUCUUGGAGCAGGCUUUGGAACAGCACCCACAGUUGGCAGAACGACUACAAUCCAGCCACGACUCUGGGAGGGCAGAGGAAGCCAUGGCUUUGGUGAACCUGGAGCAGGAGAUUCAGCGCCUAAACUCAGAUGUCAAGCAGGUUGGGCAGUGCUGUGAGGUCUCCAGGGCUGCCUCCCUCAAUAGCUCCCUUGAAGAUCUACACAGCAUGCUCUCUGACACUCGGCAUAGCCUGAAACAGCACCAGCAGCUCUUCCACGGCCUUUUCCGGAACUUCCAAGAGCUGAUGGCAAGCAACAUCAGCCUAGACCUGGGUAAACUGCAGGCCAUGUUGAAUAAGAAAGAUAAGAAGCAGCAGAAGGGCCUAGAAACAUCUCGGAAGAGGGAGAAGAAGCAAGUGGUGAUGUCUGCAGAUGCACAUGCCAAAGAGAUGGAGAAAGGUGUUCUGGACUCCCAGGAGCUCUGGGGAGCAGGCUCCCCUGUGGCCUUCUAUGCCAGUUCUUCAGAAGCAGCAACUGCUCUGCAGAUGGUGAAGUUCAACGCCACAUCCAUCAAUGUGGGCAGCAGCUACUUCCCCGAACACGGCUACUUCCGAGCCCCCAAACGUGGUGUCUACUUGUUUGCAGUGAGCAUUACAUUCGGCCCAGGCCCAGGCAUGGGGCAGCUGGUGUUUGAAGGCCAUCGCCGGGUUCCAGUCUACAGUACAGAACAGAGGGGUGGGAACACAGCCACUACUUUCGCUAUGGUAGAGCUGCAAAAGGGUGAAAGAGUGUGGUUUGAGUUGAUCCAAGGAUCGGUAGCAAAGGGGAGCCAACCACACACUGCAUUCGGGGGCUUCCUGAUAUUCAAGACCUGAACCCUGGGCUCAGCUUUCGUCAGAAAUGACAGACUUGCCUGCUGUCUGUAGACUGAGGCUCUGGCCAGCAAUGGCUGGAGAACACAUAGUGGCCCAGCUCUUUCCUGAACGCCUUCUGCAGAGAUCCUUCUUUUGGACACACAGGUUGGGAAAGGCCAAGAAUGCGGCUCCCUGAACUGCGCCCGCCCGUGCAGGCACCUGGAGUGGGAGCUGGGCUUCUUAUGCCUUCCCCAAUGGUGUGGCUUGUCUUGGCUCUAAGCCACUCCCUCAAUUCCACAGGUUAUUUGUCGGUUUAUUUUGGCAUUUUGCUCCUUCUGUGGUUGGAAACUUCUGUACAUUUUUUUUUUUUGUUUUGUUUUUAUUUCUUCUUCUCUAUGUCAGGAAGUCAUUGUUUCCCAGGAGGAAUGUUUACAGUGAUGGCGACUGGCCAGGUGUAGCUCAUUGAGCUGUUAACAUGUACAAGGCCUUGGAUUCUCUUUCCAAUACCUCAAAAGACUUGAAGGAAAAGAAUAGUUUUUUUCCUUUCUAAAAUUGGAAAUUAAUCUCUAAUUACUAUAGGGAAACUAGUUCAAAACAGCCUUUCUAGUCUCAGAAGGAAGUGAAUGUGUGGCUGAAUCAACUAUAGGCAAUGAAAUGAGUAUCUCUGGGCUGGGGAUGCAGCUUAACUAGAAUGCUCAAGACCUGGACUCAGUCCCCAACACUGUAUAAACUGGGCAUGGUGGUGCCUGUGAUCUCAACACAUGGGAAGAGGCAGGAGGACUAGAAGUUCAGGACCAUUCUCAGUUUUAUAAAAGUUCAAGGCUCAAAACAACAAAACAAGCUAAUAUUUUUUUAACUUUCAGUCUUUAUGUCUACACUUAAUUUUAAUUUCACACCUUUUCCUCCCUGCUCACUCAGUGUAGAGGCCAAGAGAUGUCAACCAGUGACAACACUGGGGAUGGCCCUUGCCCCUUUCAUUCUUCCACCAUCGCGACUGGCCACACCCUCCCCAGCAUCUCUGAGGAGGAAGGAGGGAAACGCUUUGGAAUAAAACGAUGUCCUCCAAAACUCUGCCUUGCUUACUGUUGAAGGAGAAACAUUUGGUGAGGCAUUUGGGGAAGUAGGACAAAAUGAAACGGGGGCAAAUGUGGCUCCCCAUUCUAGGCAUAUUCGAUUUUAUUAAUAUUCAGUUAAUUCUACAUAGACUAUCUAGAGGCCACCUCACUAGGCAGGGACAGUCAGUGGACAGGACAGUGCAGAAUGGCAGCUCUCUCUGCAACAUCUGCAUGAUGUUUACAAGUCUCUGGACCCUACUAUAGGCUCAAGAAAGCAGCCAGCAGAAAACAAAGCAGGCUUUGGUAGCACUCAGUGUUCCUUGGAAUAUCUCCAUAUUAAAUGGGAUUUGACUUGGUAAGGGGUUGCCAGCACUUCUCAUUGCUUACUGGGGUCCGCAGUUCAAAUAAUUGACCCUCAGAAUUUACUUACUAAGCUUUGUGCACUCAAUGUGCUCAGGUACCAGUGUCAGAUAAACGGUAAGUCAGGCCACUGACUGUUUGAUCAUGGGCUAAACCACAAUUCUUCUAAACAUUAAUCCACCCAGCGCUUUCAAAUUCUGUGUUCUUGACCACAUCUCUGAAUCUUGUUCACCUCAGUGCAGCUCUGCUGUUGAGGCUAUUUCUGAACUAGGGUAUGUGUGGUUGGGCCACAUAGACCAAAGCCUGGGGAGCCGUGUGUGUGGCAGAUCACUCUUCUUGCCAGCAGACCUGGCUGUCUUGUGCUCCAUGUUGCUGUCUCUGGCCAGUCCCUUCUGAGGACUAAGUUGGAAUGUUAGGGCAAUGCAGUCUCAGCACUAAAGACUUCCAUUCAGGAUUUCUGGCAUAUAAUACAGUGUGAAUCAGUUCCCCAAGAAAGGGUAUGUGUUAUUAACCCCCACAGGAAGGUAACAAAUACAAAGCACUAGAUGGUUGGGUCUUCUACGACCACUGCACGAGGCAGGAUCUAGAGUGAGGAGAAAUAGUGGUUCUUUUUAGCAAGAGGCUUUCUGUGCAAUAAACACAUCUGAUUACAUUUGACAAAGCCUUAACAUCAAGUUUAAGCCAGAUUUUCUGUUCAGACAUUUCUGAUUAAGACCCCAAAUCAGUGAAAAUUUUGUGUGUGAACACAAAUAUGCUUGUAUAGGUGGGUGUAAUGUUAUGUGUUCACUUGGGUAUGUGCAUGUGUAUGGGCCCUCAGGGGGCCAGAGGUUGACACCGGGUAUCUCUCCCCCACACACAUGGUUUCUCUGUGUAGCCCUAGCUGUCCUGGAACAAGCUUUGUAGACCAGACUGGCCUUGAACUCUUUGAGAUUCACCUGCCCCUGCCUCCCAAGUGCUGGAACUAAAGGUGUAUGCCACCACUACACUGUGUAUCUUACUCAGUCACUCUGCACCUUAGUUUUUGAGGCAGGAUCUCUCACUGGACCUGGAGCUCAUCCAUUUGGCUAGACUGCUUAGCAGUAAGUGUCUGCCUGUGUUCCCACCCCCAAUGCUAGGAUUACAGAUACUCAUUGCACCCAGCCUUUUACAGAGGUACCCAGGGGAACCAAAUCUAGGCCCUCAUGCUAUCAUGGGAGGCACUUUACCAAAUGAACCCCCUACCCCAGCCCCAGGUCAAUAAGAAAUUCAAAAUUAUCAUCUGUAUUGAGAUACCUGAUGCUAGGUGAGAACUUUCCCAGACAGACAGGAAACUGACCUAGGGCAGGUUAAAACACAUGUGGCCCUUGAAAAGACUAUGAAAGAACACCAAAGCCACAUCAAUAUAACUUAGUGAUUCUUUGCAAAGAUAGAAAAGAUGUUAUCAAAUGAAAUAGCAACAUGGAAUCCUAACCCUGAAUAUUAGGAUUGCUGGAAAGCCUCAAGUUUAAGCUGUCCCAAAUCACUUGGGAGUUCUGGGGCAGAAGAACUACAAAGUCAGUCCUAAGCCCAUUACAGGACAGCUGCUGACCCUCUGGAGGCAAAGAGCUGAAACACGGGACAGCGAUGACUUUAUAGAGUUAAGAUCACCAUAUCAUGGCUAGAUAAUCAGUCUUUUACUCAAGGACACACACACUGGACUGACAGUCUCUCAAACUGAGCCAAAGUAAGCUUCUCUCAACAGAUUCUAUUCAGAAUUUCUUAACAGAGUAGCUAAUGCAUUGUUUUACACUAACACGAAAUGGGGAAUCCAGCAAGGAAAGUGCAGGGGCUGAGUCUUAAGCAUGCUGUUGAGUAACAAACCUAGCUCCCUAAAAGAGGGUGCAAAUGGAAUUUACUGCAAACUACUUGGCAGGUGGGAAAUAAGGCAUUGUGGGAUAAAAGCAGACCACGCAGGGAUUUCCUUCUCACUGCAGUGGGAACACUGUAAGGACACAUCAAAUGGAAGGAACAGCCUUGAAGAAUAUAACAGUGCAAAUAAAAUGUUUCAUAACAGGACAAUAUCAAGAGCCUUAACUUUCCUUUCUCGCAAAUAAAAUUGUAAUAUACAUACCUGUAUUUAGGAUCUAAUAGAAAAUAGGGCUCAUGUACAAUAGCGCUCAAUGUGUGUUUCUGUGUGGGGGCUGAAGAUACAGCUCAGACAGGGCUAGUGUAUACAAAGAGUUUGAGGCUAACCUGGGCUACAAGCAAGAUCUACUUUUAUCCUCUUUCUGUAAAAAUGGAAACAAAACCACAAAGAAAAAAAAUUGAAAUAAAAGGAGAUCAUACAAAUAAGUUAUUUCCUCUAUGUGGCCACAUGCUUGUUUUUGAAAGUUUUUUGUUUGUUUUUGUUUUGAGCCAAGGUCUGGUUAUCCUGGAAAUAUGUAGACCAGGCUGGUCUUAAACACAGAGAAUACACAAAGGCCACCAUACCUUGCUUGAAAGUCAGCUUUUUUGUUGUUGUUUGAGAAGGCUUUCUCUGUAGCUUUGGAGCCUGUCCUGGAACUCACUUUGUAGAUCAGGCUGGUCUCAAACUCACAGAGAUCCACCUGCCUCUGUCUCCCGAGUGCUGGGAUUAACAGUGUUACCACCACCCACACCCUAUGAUGUGUACCCACAGCUGCUACUACUUGGGAGGCACAGGAUUGCUUGAGCUAAAUUUAAUAAGAGCAUCUUUUGUGGGAGUAGAAAGUGCCUCUAUGUCCCCAAGUGCUGUGUGGUUAAAGGUGUGCGUCGCCGCCAUGCUCUGCCAAUAUAUGGUGUUUUCACCUUACACACAUUAGAAUACCGUGAUCUUAAUGGUAUUUACAAAAACACAGGAAAUAUUCAAAUGUACAUAGUGGGGCUGGAGAGAUGGCUCAGCAGUUAAGAGCACUGGCUGCUCUCCCAGAGGUCCUCAGUUCAAUUCCCAGCAAUCACAUGGUGGCUCACAACUAUCAAUAGUGGGAUCUGAUGCCCUCUUUGGCAUAAAAUCAAUAGAGCACUCAUACAUAUAAAUAAAUACGUCUUAAAGAAAAAGACAAUCAAAUGUAAAUAGCGGUGUCUGUCAAUAAAAUGGAGUAGUUUA